CAGAAGCCUUAGGCAAAAUUUACCAUCUUGUAACCGUUUGUCAAUCAAGUGUGUCUUUCAGUAAAAGUUCAUCUGAAAUAUUAAAAUGGAAAAGGGUUCUAUUUUAAAAUAUCUGCAAGGUGGUGGCGACAGGGAACAGAAAGAAUUAGAAAGGUUGUCAAAACGAGAAGCGGAAAGAAUUGAGAAAGGGAAAGAGGUGCAGAAAACGUAAGGAAAGCAAAUAUAAUCCAUCAGAUAAUGUAGUUAAUUUGUUUGCAGUUAAGUGUCACUAUGUUUAGUAGGUUUAAAAGGUUCUGGUUGAUCAUAACUAUAAAUAUAAAUAUCUAUUUUUUUAAUACAGGGCGAGUAGAUUAAAGUGAAGGGCGAGUGGAUUGUCAGGCCUACUCGCUCUGCAGGGCGAGUGGCUCUGGAAAAAUUCUUCAACCCCUGGUGCAAAUAUGUAACCAUAUUUAGAUAAUAAGUCAACAAGUAGCUAGAAAUUGAAAAUAAGAGUGCCAGUUACAGUAGAAAAUUAACAACUUAAAAUUAUGCUUUCAGUUUAACCAUUUUAAGAUGCUGAGCGAUGUCUCUUGACAUAUGAUUCCAGCAAGGGAAUAAAGCUUAUUAUUUUACAUCACAGUUGCUAUGCCCAGCUUUUGACACACUGUAUAUUCUUACAAUAAUUUGAAGAUUGCUAACUUGGGUUAUGUAUAAUUUAUGUGUAAACUAUAAAAAAUAAAUGCAUAUGAUAUAUAUUGCACACUUAGUAAACUUAUACCAUAUUGCUAAAUGGGAAACUCUGUAUAUCAGAUAGUGGCAGUUUUUUUCAGCCCUUCAACAUACAAUUUUAAUGUUGCUAAUUGGCACUAUAUUUGAUAACCAUAUGCCAAUGAAAUGUUAUUUUGUUUUUCAACUUUAAAGGUAACAAAUUUAUGAUGUCAUUUGCAUCCUUUCAGCUUGUAUGAUAUUUUUACAAGAGUUUUUGUGCGUCAUGUAGAGGUAUAUUAGUGAAGUGAUCAUUUCAGCCAAAACCAAAGCCUGUUCCUACCUGGGCUUUACCAGGUAUGCAGGAAAUGAUGGAGAAACGAGCCUCAGCCAAUCAGAAGACUGAAAAGGAAGAGACAGAUGUUAAACUCCAAGUUCCAAGGAUACAAGUAGACGAAGCACCCGAGGAGAACCUUGAUCCAGACACUUUCGAUUACAAAACAGAUUAUCUUGCCAAGACCCUGAAUGGACAUGAUAACAACGAGGUGAAAGAUAACAUUGACAACUAUGAGCAAGAUGAAGAAGAAGCAGAGGAUUCUCAGAAAUACCAAGUUGUGGACCCUGUUCUGGAGUCUGGAGUUGUCAUCCGUGGUGAUGAUGAUAGAAUUGUGGCCCUUAAUGAAGAGGAAAAUGAUGUGACCCAUGAUCAGGAUGUCAGAGUGGCUUCCCUUGAUGGAGAUGAAAGAUAUGUGACCAAUAAUCAGGAUGUCAAAAUAGCAGCUCUUGGGCGGGAGCCUGAAGUUGAUGCAACUGUUGAUGAGGAAGAGGAAAUGCAGGUGGAUAUUUGUUAUGGAAUGAACCUGUAUGGAUCCCAUAGCCCUGCUUGUGUGUGGAAUGUUGUUGUUGUUGUUGAAGAGAUUAUGAAUAGUAUUACCCAUGCAGCAUCGUGUUAGAUAUGAUCAGUAUUUGUAUGGUUUGAUGUGUCAGAUCCUAACUUUUAGUUGUUUCAUUUUAAUUCUUUUUAGUGGAUGGCCCCAACUUGCCAAGUAUGCAUUAAAUAAUGAGAAUGUAAACAUGUGAAUAUGAAGUGUUUUACUGUUAACAGUGAUAAAUUGUUGAGGUUUUUGUUAACAGUUUUUGUUCUGAUUGUUCCCCAUGAUUAUUACAUUUUGUUAUACUUUUGUUAAUGUUCUUGAUGCCAAUAGUGUUGUUUAUUCAAGAUUGGAAUUCCAGCUUGUUUUCUCUCCUCUUGGAGCUCACUCUACAUUUGAUUUAAAGCCAAGAAUAUCAGUUAGCAAGAGACUUUGAUAAUGUCAUUUGGGAACAGAAAUUCAUGAUAUUGUUUGGCCAAAGAAUGUUGAUGAUGUCAUUUGGCAAAUACCUUUUUACUGAAGGUUUUUGAUGGUUAAAAUUUGCUAUAGAACUUUUUUAUGGAAUUGCAGCUUGUUCUCACUUAUGUGAUACAAGCGUUGUGCACUGAAGCAUCUCAUAGAUAUACAUGUAUUGGAAAUUGCUCUCUGCAAAUACUGGACAAUGACAUAUCUUAAUAUAUUUUCUGUAUCCAAACGACCUUCAUGACGGCCUUUUUUUAGAGAAGGUUGAAAAACUGCCACAAACAUUUUAUUUACAACUGAAAACUAUGUUGAAUGAAUGAAGGAUUGUAGUUCUUAAAAACAUAUAAAUAAUUGCAUGAUAGUUGUACAGUGAACCAUGUACCAAGAUUAACUGUUAUAGUGAACUAAUUCCUAAAAAUGUAUCAUACUGCACUUAUGUGAACAUGUUAGUGUCUAACCAGCAAGAGGAAGUUGUGUUUUUGUUUGUGUGAUACAUUAUGCAUAUAAUCCAUUGUAAGAGUUGCAGUAUUGAUAUGUUUGUUAUGCUGAUAUUGUUUUUAUUUGUUUUGUUGUUUCAUUUUCAGAUUUUGAAAAUGUUAUUUUUAGGGUGUGUGAUGUGACAUGUAAAAGUAAUUGUAAACCAUUUGAUGUCUUUUUCACUAUAUUUAUGAAUUUAUAUCAUUAUUGACAGGAAUUGUAUUUUUACAUAUCAAUGCAUAUAGUAUUUUGUAUUAUAUAUUAUGAAAAAUAGUUUUUUUAGCUCUAAUACUUGCAGAAAAAAAUAUAAUUUUGCACUCAGCAUUUAUUUCAUGAUGGAGGUAUAAUCUAGCAACAGUUGCAGGUUUGUUUGUUUCCUGUUGGUGACAGUCCAUUCAUUUUGGUGCUAUGCAUUAUAAAUUAUUGUGAAAAAGCCUUAAGACUCUCAUACUUUACUGUCU